ACUGUCAUAUGCAAAUAUUAGGUUACAUCGCCUUAGUUGGCUGAAAGCAAGGGCCAUACCAGCAUCACCAUCCCUACCUCGCCCUUUGCUUGAGGUCGCAACCUUACCAGGCUUUUACUGCAAAAGCCGCCUCUUUCAGUCCAUUACAGACGUCUGAUACCUUGCUUCAAACCUGUCUUGACUUUUGAACGCUUCUCGACCCAAAACAAUGCAAGCAACGCGACAAUGCUCAGCAACCCAGCGGCCAAGCUGCGCCCACAGCAGGCUUACCAGUAUCAUUUCACCCUCCUUACGCGGAAGUGCGAGUUGCAGAAAUGACGGGCGAGGCGCUACAAAUUGCGUCCAAGCUCGGGCACUGGCGCGCACGAUUCCGGGACAAAAAGAUAUGACGGCAGAAUUGCUGGAGCGCGUUUUCCGGGUCGCAGUUUCCUCGCGUCUCAAGCAACACGGGGGCAUCGAAGUAGACGUGCGUUCAACGGCCUGGGGUUUAAUGGAGGGCCGCUUCGGCGGAAUGACUGUCCGCGGUCGCAAUUGGCGCACCCCAUUGGAGCUAACCGCCGAGCAGUUGUUGGUGGACGUUGGGGAGCUGCUGCUGGACUAUCAGAAGCUGGUGUGGCAGCAGAGCGUAUCGCUGAGGAACGUUCCGCAGGGCUCCGUGUCCUUCACGCUCAGCAGCCGCGACCUCUCCAACUUCAUGGUGCACCCCAUCAUGGUGGCGGCGGCCGGCAGGGCGAUUCAGGGGAAGGCCUUCCACUUCGACCGCCACCAUGCCAGCGUGCGCUUCGAGCCCGCCACCGGUCGCGGUGUGGUGAGCUACCAAGGCGUGUGGGCGGGAGACGGCCGGCGCUACGCGGUAACCAUGAGCACACCGCCGCCAGCAGCGGCAGCAGCAGCAGCGGCAGGAGGUGUGGCCGGCCGGGCUGCGACCACCGCGGCUGCUGCCGCUGCUGCGCCCAACAAUUCCGUAGAUCAGCUGAUCGUGACGGCUCGACACGUGCCGGAUGAUGACCCACGGGUCAGCAGCGCCGCCAGCGGGUCGUCAACGGCGAUGGCAGCAUGUCAACGCUUGCCUGACACGGGAAGCUUCGCGUCCGCCGGCAGCUGGGAUGGCGGGGUGGAGGCGGGUGAGAUGGAUCCGGGUGCCCUGGCGGUGUCGGAGGGGCUGCGGCGCUUCUUCAGCAGCCUCAUGCUGAACCUGCAGGGCAUCGAGCUACGGCAGCCCAGUCUGCGGGUGCACCUGCCAGUUGGCGGCAGCAGCGGCAGCAGCUCCAUGCGCCCCGGGAGUAGCAGCAGCAGCAGCAUCGGCGCUGCCUCCGCCCCCCAGAGCGCUGCUGUCGCUGUGGGGUGUGCUGCCGAGGAGGGGCAGCAGUUGCUGCUGCCGGCGCAGCUGACCAUUAGCAUGAAGGUAUCAAUCGUUCAGCUGCCGCCCGUUGACAUGAAGUUUUAACGAGUUAGUUUCACAUGUGUGUGAAGCUGUGACUCUUUCGGCUAGUCGGCUGCUUAUGCGGCCUUGGUGUCGUUCUGGUGUUUGCGUUUGGUGGUUGGUUAGUGAUUUGUAGUGUUAACGGUUUAUCUAGCAAGUGAACCUUGUUUUUCAGCGCAGGACAGGUUAGUGAAAGUGUGAUAAGGGCUACAAAACCGGUUUUCUCGCUGUGCCGUUUGUUGGGCUGGUUGUGACACAACUCGGCAGUCUUGCCUCAGUGAGCCACCCCUUCCCGUGGUCUCUGCCGCGUGCUGUACGGUAUCCCAGUUGGCCUAAUGCAUGGUGAACCUGGUGAGAUGGGGAUGCCCAAUGCUAAGUACCGGUAAGUCGUGAGACGUGGCUUCCAUUCGUGUUUUAUUCUCCGUUGAUUCCUCUUCAAAAUCUCGUUUACAACAUCAUCGUGAGUGUAGCGUUGUCGUGGUGAGGUACGUGGCAUGAUGUCAUGACAGGCAGCAGGUGAUUACUCGUGGAGACAGGCAGGCAGGCAGAAGCAGGACAUGAAGCAGGAACCUGAGCGGAUAAGCCGGGGUUGGGGGUCAAUAACCCGCGACUGCAGAUUGUUUGUUACAAGGCAUACGCACAUAGCGGUUCUGGUGCUGAUUUAAAACACCUUUUGAGGCAACAGCUGUAGCAUGCAGCCAAGAAAGAGCUCUUAUGUAUAAUUUCCUUCACGGCAGUUAACGGUUGGCAAGGUUAAGCAGAUUGCGUGUAUGUACGCCCGUGCGUUGUUCCUUCAAGGGUAGCUUUACUGUAUAUUUCCGCAGGCACACCCGUCCUGACUGCAUUUAGGUUCGAGGCCACGAAGAUGUCGAUCUGCCUUUUUGUGUCAUUUCUAUUGUACGACGUGUUGCGGAUUGUACGGCAGGUGCAGACAAUCUCCCACAAUCUCUGCCUGUUGAGUGGCGGACAUGUAACGUUGUAAUGUACACUACAUUCA